AUGGUUGAUUUGCAUUUGAUAAGAACACAUGAUGAAUUAAGACAAGAAUUAUCAAAUCUAAUAAUAUCGAAUGAGCUUAGGGCAUAUCAAAUUACAACCGCUAUACUUAAAUUAGGAAUUAUUCAACAAAAUCAAUUACAAUCAAAAAAACCUGCAAAAUCAAGUCCUAAGAAGAAAGCACCAUCAUCAAAUGAAGAGCACCAUUUUGAAAUAGAAUUGAACAAAUUAAAACAACAAUACUCAACAGAAUCAAAAUUAAAGGAUGUCAAACUUGACUCAUUCAAGAAAGAAAAUGAAAAAUUAAAACUACAAAUUAAGAAUUUAUCAACCGCACAAUCUAGUAAAAGAUAUACAUCUUCAUCCUCGUCGUCAUCUAUAAGUUCAAAUUUUUUCAAAAAUCAAAGAAAUCGAAUACCUAGUGGUAAAUCGAUUUUUACACCUGAUAAAUUUAAAUCAUCAACUAAUUCAACUUAUGUACCAUUUUAUAAGAGACUGACUUUCACUACUAUAUUUGAUGAUGAGUUAAUGACACCAAUAAAGAAAGAAAAAAAGAAAAUGGUCAAAAUGGAAAAUAAAUUUAAAGAUAUUUUAGAAUCUGUACCAGCAGAAGAUAUAAACUCAAAAUUAACAGAAGAUAACGAAAGUGAUGAAAAAGAAGAAAACGAGGAAAAUGAAAAGAAAAAUAACACAGCUUUAACUUUAACAAUUGGACCAAGUGCUACUUCAUCACCUACUGCAUUAAGACAAUCAACGACACCAUCCAAAUAUAUCGAGAAUUUUGAUAACGAAGAUGAUGAUAAAAGUGAAGAGAAAGAUAACCAAGCACCACAUCAGCAAGAUCAAGACUUAAACUCCAAAACCAGUACGAAAAGUCCAUCACCAGAUUUCACACCACAAAGACGACCAAGAAUGACAAGAAGUUUAACUUCAUCAGCAGCAGGACCGAAUAAUUCAACUUUUAAUAAUACAGAUACUAGUAAUCUACAUAUCUCAACAAUAACUUCUCCAACUACAUUAAUUAUGCAAAAUAAAACCAAGAAUCUUGAAUCUCAUGAUUCACCAACAAACAACAAAAUCAGAAAGAUCAAAAAGAUUAAAAAAAUAACAUCAACAGAUCCAGAUACGUCUACCACCAAAAUCAAGAAAGAAAAUUCAAUUUUUAACAUUUCUUCAUCUGAUGAUGAAAUCGAUACAAGUUUUAAUAUUAUUAAUAAAUUUGAAGAUUCUCAUUAUAUUGAUGAUAAAAAUGAUUUAAUUGAUCAACCUAUAGUUUUACCAAAGAGGAAAAGAAAAUUGAGUAGUGAUGAUGAUAAUCAAAAUGAUUUUGGUGGUGAUGAACCUUUGAAAAAGAAAAGAAACGUUUUUACUAUUGACUAA